AUGAAGAGUACUGGUGGCGAUAUCGAUGGGAAGAACAUUACCGUUGGUGGUAAUGCAGCGUUCCACAACUAUAUCAACGAUUUUGCGCACAUUGAGGAUCCUUUAGAGAGGAGGAGGCUGGCAUUACAGAAAAUUGAUAAUACCAGUUUUGGUUGGUACCACGUUCGUGCAAUCUUGGUUGCAGGUGUUGGGUUCUUGACCGACUCAUACGAUAUUUUCGCUAUCAAUUUGGGUAUCUCGAUGAUGACGUACGUUUUCUGGGGUGGUAACAUUCCAAGCUCUACUUCGACUCUUUUGAGAGUUUCCACAUCUGUUGGCAAUGUUAUCGGCCAAAUCACGUUUGGUACGUUGGCUGAUGUUCUAGGGCGUAAAAAGAUUUACGGAAUUGAAUUGAUCAUUGUCAUAUCUGCUACUAUUCUACAAUGUACUGUUGGUCCAUCUCCGGCUAUCAGUUUCCCUGCUGUUUUAACUUUCUACCGUAUCAUCAUGGGUAUUGGUAUCGGUGGUGACUAUCCGCUAUCUUCCAUUAUCACCUCUGAGUUUGCUACCACCAAAUGGAGAGGUGCCAUCAUGGGGGCUGUGUUUGCUAACCAAGCAUUUGGGCAAAUCGCAGCAGGUAUUGUUGCUUUGGUUUUGGUUGCCGGCUACAAAAAUGAUCUAGUAGGUGUUGCCAAUGGUGCUGAAUGUGGUCCGGCUUGUAUCAAGGCCUGUGACCAGAUGUGGAGAGUUCUUAUAGGCUUAGGUGCCGUACCAGGGUGCAUUGCUUUGUACUUCAGGUUGACCAUUCCCGAAUCUCCUCGUUAUACCUUAGAUGUCAAUACCAACCAUCGCAAAGAGGAAGAGGAUAUCGAUAAUGGCGUUUCUGAUAAGAGGGAAGAUAUUGAGACUAAUCAACCUGCUCAUUCUGAGAAAGCUCAAACUGCCGUUGAUGCGGUCGAGAUCGAACUACCUGAGGCAUCAUUCAAGGAUUUCUGUCGCCAUUUCGGCCAAUGGAAGUACGGUAAGAUCUUAUUGGGUACAGCAGGGUCUUGGUUCUGUUUGGACGUUGCAUUCUAUGGUCUCGGUCUGAACACAGCUGUGAUCUUGCAAGCAAUCGGGUACGCCGGUCACGGGGACAUCUACACCGUCCUAUACAACACUGCUGUUGGUAACUUAAUCUUGAUCUGUGCCGGUUCGUUGCCAGGUUACUGGGUUUCCGUUUUCACGAUGGAUAUUAUUGGUAGAAAGCCAAUUCAGUUAUUUGGCUUCUUCAUUCUGACCGUGUUGUUCUGCGUCAUUGGCUUUGCGUAUCACAGACUGACCGAUAAAGGCCUCUUGGGUCUUUACGUCGUCUGCCAAUUUUUCCAGAACUUCGGCCCUAAUGCCACCACCUUCGUCAUUCCCGGUGAAUGUUUCCCAACUAGAUACAGAUCGACUGCCCAUGGCCUUUCCGCAGCGUGCGGCAGAAUCGGCGCUAUCAUUGCGCAGACAGCUCUCGGAACCCUAAUCAACUACCACUGCCACAGAGACGGCCUGGCGAGAAACUGCUGGUUGCCUCACGUUAUGGAAAUUUUCGCUCUCUUCAUGCUGGUCGGUAUAUUCACUACUCUCUUAGUUCCAGAAACCAAGAGAAUGACUUUGGAGGAGGUCACCGAGAAAUACCACGACGAAAUUGAUCCUUCUGCCUACCACCGCUCUGCCGUUGGCACCAACUCAAGCUCUGCAGAUUCUGCUAUCUGA